AUGCGCCUGUCUCGCUUGUUCUUGUUAUUUAGCCCAUCACCUUGUGACUAUCAUUUAUCAAUUUGCCACGCUGCUCUAAGCAAUACAGGAUCGGAGAUUGGCUUCAAUUAUACAUUUCGUGAAAUAGCUUCCCCUGUCCCAUCCAAUCGUACAUCUUACAUUCCAUCUCGUUCUGGUGGUGAAAGAAAUCCGUCUCUAGCUCUUGGUUCCGAAGUCCCGUAUUCGGGAGCAUCUUCAACUCAUCCUCUGUCAACGACCCCUGGUACCCCAGCAUCUCCUAUGUAUGUAUCAACCAACCAAAGAGCUCAGUUUCCCUCUUCCUAUUACGCAUCUGUCAAUGAUAGGGCCAGUAGUAAUGGUUCUGGCAAAUCUCACUCUGGUAUUUUUCAAUGCUCCCACAUUAAAGCAAAGCACGAUGCGAUCUUCAAUACUAUAUCACCACCUUCCUCUUCAACUGAUCUUUCUAUCAGACAUCCUCUUAUCAGUCAUGAGGCAGAUUCGCUUGUCUGA